CCACAGCCAGAGACACACCGACAGGAUGCAUGUGGAAUAAAAAGGUUUCCCCAAAACGAUAUGUCCACGCUCCCUGCAGCGGAUCACACCACCGGGCUUAUUUUAAUAUAUAGGUCGGUCAAGCUUGAGAUACUUUCCGGGUGCUUGGUUGUCGUGAUCCAUCUCUCCUCCAACUCUUAGCUAGCUAAUGUGAGCUCAUGCUAGCGCUGUAGCACCCACACUGACCCGGGCGGAGGAGGCUGAGGCUGCAGCAGCGACCGUGGAGCUACCGAGCGGACGAUCAUUUCCGACAGCCCCGUAUGGAUUUGACGUCGGCACUUGAUGUUUUUCCGGAGGGUCGGUUACCUGCGGUUUCGGAGAUGGGGGAACCGUGCGACCUCAAGCACUUCGUGAAGUGUGCCGUCACUUUGGAGGGCUCAUUUCUCUGAAUUGGAUUAUUCUUGGCCAGCUGCCUCCUCAGGCCUACUAAUCCUAGACGAGUCUCUCAAUGGACACUCUGCUCAGGUCAGAGAUCAGAGAGGAGGGGAGUGGGGCCUCAGUAAAGGUUGAGGGUCUAUCCAAGGCAGCGCUAAUCAAAAGCUUGUCUCCCAGGGUGAUGCUGUCCAACCAUUUCUUGCCUAAGGGGACCAAGACAAAGGUCAACCUAGAGGAUCAGAGUCGCCAGAAAGUGUCCUUCAGCUUCGCGCCGACCAAGAAGCCACUGAACAGCCUGUUCUUCAUUCCUACCAGCCCUGAAAAGUUGGCCGCCGAACUCCAGACUGCUUCAGACAAAGGAGAGCAGAGUACAGACAGCAAAACUGAACAAAAGCAGACACCCAUGGUGCCAACAUCAAUAGAAGAGAUGCCUCAAACACCAGUCUCCCCAGCCCCUAUACCGGACGUAGCAAAGUUGCAUUUCAAGAAGCAAAUUCUCAGUGUCACUGUGAGCGAAGAGAAUUCGGAACCGGUUAUGCCAGAGGAGCAGCACUUACCAGAAACACAGGUUUUGCAAAAGUUAGAAAGUGAGACUGAAUUUCCAAUACCCCAGCCUCAGAAUAUCGUCAGUGUGUGCCCGUCUGAAAAUCCUCACAUUGAAGCUUCUGAGACAAAGGCAACCUUGAGCCCCAAUAAGCCUUCUGCUUCCUCAGGAAAAGAUGCAGAGACUUCUAGCAGUACUGAGCAGGAUAGUAAGGUAAACAAAAGGAAAACCAGGUCCCAGUCCGACAGUGCUCCCCCUGGCUCAGAAUCUGAUGGAGAUUCAGGUCAGAUGUCUUCCAGUCGCAUUUCUGUUGACUCCAAAAGUAAAACAAACUGUGACAGCAGAAGCAAAGAGGUAAGAAAGUCUUCCUCUGGUUCACAUGUAGAGGAAAAGGAAAGAAGUUCUUUGAAGCGCCCAGAGAAUCAUGAAAGGUCUUCAAGUUACUCCAAAUCAGACCGCGAUUCGAGACAUGCAUCAUCACGAUCAGCUCGAUCGGACAAAGAUCGCAGGAGGUCCAGGUCUAGGUCACGGUCCCGAUCACGAGGAUCUCGAACUAGUUCAUCUCACUCCAGAUCAGAGAGGUCCAGAGGAGACAGAGGAGCGCGCCCUGAGAGAUCAUACUAUCACGAUUCGGACCGGCGGUCACACAGGAAUUCUCCCCGCAGAGACAGAAGAAGCCCUCGUUCUCGCACUGACAGAACUCGAGAAAGCUCUGACUCCGAGGACGACCACAGGAAGAUGAGGACAAGGACUAGUGACUCGAGUAGAUCGUCUGGUCAUUCAAGCUCACAGAAAGAUUUAAAAUCAUCCUCCUACUCCAAAUCGGAGAAAGUCUACAAAUCUGUCGAUUCUCCUCACUCUUCAGAGAUGGAUAAAAGAACACAAUCCUCAAGGUCUGAAAGGACUUCAAAGCGAUUAUCUGACUCUGAUUCCCAGCGCAGGUGCUCUCCUGAUCCGGACUCGAGUUACCGUAAAUCUAGCAGCCAUCACAAGGCAGAGAGCAACAGCAGGUCUUCAUCUAACAGUCUGCAUACCCACUCUCAAAAUUAUGAAAAAAGCCAAAAAAGCAGCUCCAGUGACUCUGAUGCGGAUCAUAAGGGAAAAUCACAAGCCUCUGACAAAAGCUCCAGUUCAGAUGAGAAAAGUAAGAACUCCCUAAAGAAAACCAGUUGGCCAGAUUCCAAACAGAUAACGCCCCCUAGGUCGUCCGUGAAAACCCCUGGACAUGAUAGACAAGCAGAAGACAUCCUUCAGAGCUCUGGCAAAGCACCGCCAUGUGCAACCACCACAGACAUUUGUUCUCAAGUUAAAAAUGAAAAUUCAGAUUCCCAUCAGGAAGGAAGUGAACACACUAAUCAGGACGUCAAGGAAAGGGUUUCAUGUACUGAAAAGGAUUUGCAAGAUUCCUCUCCCAAAAGCGCAAAAGAAACUAAACCAGAUCUUGAAGUGGAGAAUAAUAAUAUCUCAGCUAUAAACUCAUGUGAAAGCCUGACGUAUGUAAAUGCUGCCCUGGAAAACUUGACCCACGUGAAUGAUAGCCUUUCUUCUAACAAUGGACCUCAUGCGGCGUUGUUAGAUUCAGGCAGUGGUAAUGACAGUGUAGUUUGCAUCCAGGAAACGGAAGUCAUGGACUGUUCAUCAGGGCCACAGUCCUUACCCUGUACAGCGGAUAUACCCUUGGCAAAUGAUGUCCAGCCUGAAGCAGAGACUGUUGAGCUGAAUAAGGUCGCUGAGCAGUCGGACUCGAGCGCCCUCCUCAAACAGGAGUCGUCAUGUCUAGAAUCUGAGAACAAGCUGACGUGUGGACAGCAAAGUAUGGACACUGUUAAAAAGAACAGCGCAGCUAAAAAGUCCCGGUGGGAUAUUGUGGGGCAGGACACCUCAGAGAGUGAUAACUCCCAGAGGACCGUCAGUGCAGAGAGUAAACCAACUGUGAAAAAAGUCAUCUCUGUCAAAAAAAUUGAGUUUUCUAAAGACGGUAACCAACAAGACCUUGAGGUUAAAGAUAAUAUUCAACAGGAAGCUGAAACACAUUCCACACCGGUAAAGCAGACCAAGAUCUCUAAGCAGGAGGUUGGCUCAGGCAACGCAUCAGUGACCGGUAAAAACAAAGACCAAAGUGAGCCUUCACAAGCCAGCACCAGCAUUGACCACUGUGACUUAAAGCUGAGAGACGAGCGGCUGCGGGUAAAUAAUACAUCACAGGUUGACGCGGCUGCGGAGAUAAAGAGCUGGAACGGAAACGAUCCUGAUGAGCAGUCGAAGGAUAGUGAUCAAAAAUGCAAAAUGACUAGGAGAACAUCAAUUCAUCAGGAUGCACCAGGAGGACUGAGUGAGGCCAGUGACAGCGACAACUCGGAGUACGACUCCGAUUGUGGCGAGGCCAUAAAACGAUUGCACUCUGUGGUGGUGGUGCCAAAAAAUUCUUCCCUAACUAUUGAUUCACAGGACGCAGGAGCAUCUUGCAGUCCUAUGAAUAUUUCAGACCUGCACAAUGAUCAUAUAGCACCUGAUGUGAAUAUGCACGAAGUCCCAAACCAAGUCCGCUUUCAACAAAGCCAGGGGAGUCUUCCUACUCUAUUUGGUGAGAACAGUGGUCCAUCUGCUGGUGCAAAUGAUUCAACCAGCAGCCGUGUGUGGUGCCUGUCCCAGAGCAAUAUGAUUGACAGCACCAGUCAGUCUGAGGGGUCCAGCACCGUCAGCGCCCUGCCUUACCCUGCUGGUCAUAUCAGUGCCCAUGGAAGUGCCACAGAUUCUGCCCAUAGCCACGAUACUUCCAGACAUUGUGAGCCAGUGCAGAUACAGCUUGUUGUAGGUGAUCAUAUGUACGCCCAUAUAAAUGACAAUAGUGGAGUCGUAUGUUGGGAUUUUUCGCAAUCAGAGCAGCCAAGUAGUACGUACCAGCAACCUGAUAGCAGUCAUGAGCCACAGCUACUGAACACUAAAUUGACAGCAAGCUUUCCUAUGGAACAGGAGCACAGGCAGAGUGCUGUCGCCUGGAACCAUCAGUCCCCAAACAUGCAAACUUGCAGAAAACUCUACCUCGGUGCACAUGAACAUUAUCACGAUCCUGCAGGUGAAAUUCAUCCCGAUUCCCUAACUAAUGACCUCGAGGAGUACAGUGGGGAUAAAUCAUCAAAUCUUAGUAAAUCAGUUGUUGAAUGGAGUGGACCUAACGCCACAGGGUCAUCCAGCUUUGUACAGGGUCAUGAAAUAAGUAGCAAUAGCAGAGGCUCUGUUGUGCCCGAUCCCCCGAGAGAAGACAACUUCACACCCCACAGGGGUCGAGGGCCUCCCAAGAAAAGGCGUCCAGAGAUCGAGUCCGAUUCGGACAACGAGGCAGAGGCUGGACCUGCAGGCAAAAGGGAGCGUCAUGGAGACACUGACCCCCCGAAGGAAGCUCCUGUGAAGGCUGAGGUGCUCCGUCCAUCAUUCAUGCUGCAGGACUUCCGAGAUUCCAAUAAAUGGAGAGAUCAAUCCAGGUCUAAAAAGAUGCCCCCAUACUUUGACUUGAUUGAGGAGAACAUGUACUUGACUGAGAGAAAGAAGAGCAAAUCUCAUCGCGAUAUCAAGAGGAUGCAGUGUGAGUGCCCACUUUUGCCGAGAGAGGAGCGCUCGAGGGGAGCAUUUGCAUGUGGGGAAGACUGUUUGAACCGGCUGCUGAUGAUUGAGUGCUCAUCUCGGUGCCUGAAUGGAGGCUACUGCUCUAAUCGACGCUUUCAGAUGAGACAACAUGCAGACUUUGAGGUCAUCCUCACAGAAGACAAGGGCUGGGGACUGCGGGCAGCCAAAGAUUUGAUUCCAAACACCUUUGUACUGGAAUACUGCGGUGAGGUGUUGGACCACAAGGAGUUUAAAACUAGAGUGAAAGAAUACGCUCGCAUGAAGAACAUCCAUUACUACUUCAUGUCUCUAAAGAAUAAUGAGAUCAUUGAUGCAACACUGAAGGGUAACUGCUCUCGGUUUAUGAACCAUAGCUGUGAACCAAACUGUGAGACCCAAAAGUGGACUGUUAAUGGUCAACUUAGAGUCGGGUUCUUCACCACCAAGGCUGUCCCUGCAGGAACUGAGCUGACAUUCGAUUAUCAGUUCCAGAGAUACGGCAAAGAGGCACAGAAAUGCUUCUGUGGAGCACCGAGCUGCAGAGGCUUCCUGGGCGGAGAGAACAGAGUUAGCGUUCGAGCAGCUGGCGGGAAGAUGAAGAAAGACCGCAGUCGAAAGAGUGCUCUCACCACGGUGGAUGAGGAGCUGGAGGCGUUACUGGAGAACGGAGAAGGCCUGUAUGAUGAGAAACAGGUGGUGUCUCUCUGCAGACUAAUGGUCCGAGUGGAAACCAUGGAGCAGAAACUCAUCUGUCUCAAGCUCAUACGAGAUACUCAAAACCCAUCAUGCCUGAAGCAGUUCUUGGACCAUCAUGGAUUGUCUUUGCUGUGGAUCUUCAUGGUGGAGCUUUCUGAAGCUAAAGGCAACAGUGCCAAUAACAUCAAGCUGCAGUUAGAGAUUAUGAAGACCCUUGGUGUGCUUCCCAUCGCAACUAAAAACAUGUUAGAAGAGAGCAGAGUCCUGACCUUCAUUCAGCGAUGGGCCCAGACAAAAAGUCUCCUUCACCCUGCGGAGAUGGAUGGCUACUCCAGUGAGAACACCUCCCGUGCUCAAACGCCCCUCAACACUCCCGAUGGGUCCUCCACCAAAAUGGGACCAGAGUUGGACCCUGACGCCACCAAACCUGCUGUGUUCCGCCGCCUUAAAAUCAUCAGUGAAAACAGUCUGGACAGCGCACUCUCUGACGCCAGCAAAGCUUCUGAUGGGAAGGAGGAGGAGGAUGACGAUGACGACGAUGAGGAAGAAGAUGAAUCCUCGCAAGCAGGACUUCCUGAUAGCAAACAGUUGAAGGCAGACCCAGUGUUUGAGGCUGUAGAUGCAACAAAAGAUGCAACGGAGGAGACAGAGAAGGAGGUUAAAGAGGUAAAAGAGGAGAAGGAGGAGAAAGACGAAGAGGCAGCAAUGAGUUCAAGCAGCCAGGACCAAGCUCAAACUGAGGAGGUAAAAGAAGAUGGAGAAGAGUUGGAUUUGGAAAAGAAGGACAUUGAGAUGAAAGAGGACUCAAGUGGGAUUCAGAAGGAGGAACUUCAGACGGAGUCAAAGGAGCCUUGUGAGGGACAAGAACAUGUGGAUGAGCAGACCAGUCUGGCAGUGACAGAAAAGGCUGAACUUGAAAGUGACCAGUCCGCCGUAAAAAUUCCUGAGCCAGAAAGUCCUCCCAUCACAACAGAAGUUACUGAUCUCCCAUCUGAGCAGCCUUCAGAGCAGAUGGAACCUCAGAGAGAGACGCAAGAGGCUGACAAACCUCUUAGCAAUGACGCUCAACCUGGUGAAUCUACCACUGAUGCUCUCCCAAGCGCUGAGAUCCCGGAAGCCACGAUACCCUCUGAGGUCACAGCAGCCCCCGUGGACCCAUCAGUGAUAGGAACUCCUUCUCAGGAUGAAGAGGAAGGUGUCUCCGAUGUAGAAAGUGAGAGAAGUCAAGAACCGCAGCUCACUGCUUUGGACAUUUGCGGCAUGGCCACCAGGCUUCUGGAGAGCUGGAAGGAUCUAAAGGAGGUGUACAGAAUACCAAAGAAGAGUCAGGUGGAAAAGGAAGCAAAUGAUCGUAGCCGAGAUCGAGACACAGCGUUGACACCGCGCACCCCCUCUGGUAGCAGAGAACGGGAAAGGGAGCGGGAGAAGGAGAGAGAACGCGACAGAGAGAGAGAUUAUGACCGAGACAGAGAUCGGGACAGAGACCGAGACAGAGAUCGAGAUCGGGACAGAGAUCGAGAUUGGGACAGGGAUCGUGAUCGAGAGCGCGAUCGAGAGCGUGAUCGGGACCGGGAUCGAGCCUCUGACAAAACUCCCCGAAGCUCUGAGAGACGGAGGAGACGCUCGGCAUCUCCCCCACCCUCAUCCUACGAAAGAAGCAGCAGGCGCACUGAGGAACGGUUUGAUCCAUCAAACAGCAACAAGACACCAAGGGGAGUUGGUGGCAAGGAGCGCAACAAGUUGUCCACAGAGGAACGUAGGAAACUGUUUGAGCAGGAGGUUGCUCAGCGGGAAGCCCAGAAACAACAGCAGCAGCAGCAGUUGCAGCAGCAGCAGAUGCAGCAGCAGCAGCAGUUGCAGCAGCAGCAGUUGCAACAACAGCAGCAGCUGGUGCAGCAGCAGCAGCCGCUUCAGACUAUGGCUUAUGACCCUACUCUGGUUUAUGGCUCUAGCCCUGGCUUCAUUCACUACCCUCCUGGAUAUCCCAUCCAGACCUUUGUGGAUCCCACCAACCCCAACGCAGGCAAGGUACUGCUCCCUACCCCUCCAGUCGAACCCGGCCUGAACUAUGAAGAGGACCCUCCUCAGCUUCUUGUCUCAGAGUUGGGUCUUACCUCUCCAUCCUCCACUUCCCAAGCCACUCCAGUCUCAACUCUCCCUCUGCACAUCACCACCGCCAACCUCACCACUGGAACCCCCCAGCAGUAUGCCCAGCCGACUGUAGCAACCCAGGAUGGAGGUGUAGCUGUCCUCUCUCUACCGGUCCCGGCACCCCCUCAAGUGCAAAGCCAGCAGAGCUACACCACUCUUUGGGACCCCACCACUCAGCAAGCAGUGACCGUGCAGACCCAGCCAGCACAGCAGUAUGCCACAGCUCCUGCACAGGCCCAGACACAGACAGCUAUCUAUUACCAGGGCCAGCCAUGCCAAACCAUCUACAGCAUCCCUAGCGCCUACCCACAGGCUAACACUCCAGUCAUACAGGCAUACACUGAACCCGCAACCAGCUACCUUCAUGGCCAGUCCGUGUAUCCUGCCCAUCCACAGGGAGUGGUGGUGCAGCAGGGAGGCACCGUCACCACCAUCGUAACAUCCCAAACUGUGCAACAGGAAAUGAUUGUACCCAACAAUGUGAUAGAUCUUCCUCCACCCUCUCCCCCCAAACCCAAAACUAUCGUCCUACCUCCCACCUGGAAAGUGGCCCGGGACCCUGAAGGAAAGAUCUACUACUACCACAUUGCCACAAGGCAAACACAGUGGGACCCUCCAACCUGGGACGGGAGCAGCGACAACACUAGCGUGGACCAUGAAUCCGAGAUGGACCUGGGAACUCCGACCUAUGACGAGAAUCCUUCCAAGUUCUCCACCAAGACGGCUGAAGCUGACACUUCGAGUGAACUGGCUAAAAAGAGUAAAGAGACAUUUCGCAAAGAGAUGUCCAUGUUCAUCGUGCAGUGUUUAAAUCCCUUUCGGAAGCCAGACUGCAAAUUGGGACGCAUUGUUAACACGGAAGACUUCAAACACCUGGCGAGAAAGCUAACUCACGGAGUUAUGAAUAAAGAGCUGAAAGCCUGCACCAACCCUGAGGACCUUGAGUGUAACGAGAAUGUGAAGCACAAGACCAAGGAGUACAUCAAGAAGUACAUGCAGCGGUUCGGCCCGGUGUACAGGCCCAAGGAGGACACCGAGGUGUGCUAGCCUCAGAGGAAAGAGCUGCGACACUAAAGCUCUGCGUUAACACAGGAGAAGCACAGAUUUGCCUUUCCACUCACUCCUUCAUGUAAGACCUGGCCAGCCUGAAUGGUGAAGUAGUUUCUUAGCUGUAUUUAUGACUAAGAAUUGCACCUGCUGUCCGUGGAGCUGUCCAGGGCCCCAUGGAUCAGGGGGCGGUGGCCCCCCCCAAUAACGGAGACUGUCAGAGACUCGAGUGCUGCCAAACGAGCCGAGACUCGACGUGCAGUGUUUUCACAGGACAACACUGAGGGGUGCUACUGAGACUCAUGUUCUCACUGACUGUUUGGUUUUAAGCAUUUGUUUUUUUUUUCUCCCUGUGUGGCUCUUAAAUGUUCUCGAGAUGAUCACCUCAAUUCCACGUUUUAAACUCUUCCAGCCCUGAAUGAGGAUGACUCAAUGGAAUCAGCUUUGUUAUCAUGUAUAUCAAAUUUCUUUGUUACUUUUCCUCUGUUUCCAAAAUGGUUUCGAUGACAGAACUGUCAAGUUCUUGCCCCCCCCCCCCAGCCUCCUGUUUCAUUGUGCACAACAUGGCCCCCCUUCCCUGCCACUGGCUCUGUAUCUGGUGCUGCUUUUAACUGGGCUGUGGAGGUCCCAAGCCUCCACUCCUCCAACCCUGCCUUCUUAACCUUACGAUUCUGGAGCCUGUGUUGUUACAUGAAUGCAUGAUGUCGGCUGAGGUCAGAGCGGUGUCCUUACGGAAAUUCCUCCAUUUUCCAUGUCUCCUGCUUCGAGUACUGUGCCCGUACCAGGACGAGCUUUUACUUUCACAGAUCAGACCGUGACUAGCAGGUUGUUUAAAGAGUUAGAGAUUCAUAUUUCCAAGUCUUUUUAUCAAUUUAUGUAUAAUAAUGGGAGCAGGGUUUGAAUGCAAUGUGUGGUGUGCUGUGUAACUGUCUGUCAUUUUCCCCUCAUUUCCUGUCCAACUCCUUUCCCGACUUGUUUCCUCUUCUCAUAGGACUAAUGCCGAAGGUUGAAUCAUUGCAGUUUUAACAGUUUUCUAAACAUCUUGUGUGUGUGCCGGUUCUUUUUUUAUCACUGUUGGUCUGAGUUUGACACUGAUUAAUUUCCAAACGUUUGACAGUGCUCAAGUUUAGCCUCACUAGCAUUAGGUGACCAGUUUGUUGCAGCCUAUUCAAAUGCAUUAAACAAGGUUUCAACAUAUGUACAUUGCUUUAUAUGUGAAUAUAUUGAAUAAUAGUUUUGGGAAUGUUUAAAUAAGCAGACACUUUGUAAAAGGACUAUCAUUUCAUGGUUGAAAGUGUAAAUAAUGUGUAAAAUUACCAAAGCUGUACACAGGAGAGUAGGGUCAGGGAGCGCGGUGAGCCCACCCAUCCUCACCAGCUCAGCCCUCCUGGUGCAGUGACCACAUCACUCUGUCAAACUUUGGACCCCACUGACUCGCAGCCCUUUAUUUUAUUUCAGUGGUGGGGGGUUGAUUCCCCGUGUUUUCUUUCUCUUGUUAUUUUUCUAUGUACAAAGUAAGUUUCACCCUACUCUACUGUAAGUACUGUGUAAGCACAUUGUCAUACUGAGUGUA